UGAGCCCCACGAUAGUAACUGCUGGUAAUUGUCCUAAACCGUUCUUGACCAGCUGUGUCCCAAAUUUGGAGUUUUAUGGUUUUCCCAUCUUGUUCCACUGUACGGAUUUUAAAGUCUACACCAAUGGUACUGAUGUAACUCUCGAGAUAUGAAUCAUCAGCAAACCUCAGAAGAAGACAUGAUUUUCCAGCACCAGAGUCUCCAAUUAGCAGAAGCUUAAAAAGCAGAAAAUAGAAAAAUCAGAAGAGGGAGAAGAGAGAAAUGAGAGAGAUCUCUAUCGAGGAGGAGAGAUGGAUGCGAUUUCUUCUUCUUCUCUGUUCGAUUUCAUCGCAGUUCGUUCCAGGAGUUUCAGACAAUUCAUCAGGCCCCGGAAAUGAGAAGAAGGCUGAUGGUGGCAGCUCUUCGAGCAAGAGCGCUAGCUAUAAGGCACUUGUAAUAUGCAUUGGAGUUGUAGUGGUUUCUGUGCUAUCUUUUUUCCUUUUCAAAUUUUGGCAAAGAAAAAGGCGCGAAGAGCAAUAUGCUCGUCUGUUAAAGCUGUUCGAAGAGGACGAUGAGCUUGAAAUGGAGCUUGGCCUCCGCGACUAAUUCCAUUUCCACGUNUUACAACUGAGGAUGCCAUUGAAAUGCUGGACUCGUACCAUCAUAUUAUUUAUCCGAUUUCACUCUCCCAUACUUUUUUUACCCCGUUUUUCAUUUAUUAUAUGCAGAUGAAAGUUUCAGGACAUAUUGGGAAAUGUGUGCUUAGCUAUGUAAAAGUCCAUAGGCGUUUAGGCCCUUGGAGGCAUUUUAGUUUCCCUACUACAGCAUAUGUGGUAGAUGUCAUAUGAAAGGGUUGGUCGCUUGGUCGAUGGACGCUGCUUAUUACUAGUGGUAAAAGGAUUUUUCAUUCAUUUCAAAGUCUUCACUAUCUUAUUUCGUCGUUCAUUUUUUCUAUGUUACCUCUAUCUGUAUUUGUUAUUGUGAAAUAUGCUUCUGAAGCUUAUCAGAUUACCUUAGGAAAUGUCUGCAAUCCUGCAUGUGCAAUGCAGUACUUUCUUAACCUUCUAGUUUCAAGUGCAUAUUUGUAACUAUGAUAACGAGUAUGUUCUUUUCGGACUUAUUUUCAUUUCAGUUCAUUUCAUGUCGAUUAAUUACAUUAUAGCUAAGUUCAUUUGAGUGUAGUACUUUUCAGGUAACAACAUUACAAAUAACUUUUAGGUUAAUUC